AUGACUGCACUUCUGGAGAGUGAACGUGAUGGGCUUAAAGCUUUAUUUUCGAAGGAGAAGGCUGUACUUGAAGCUAAAUAUGAGAAGCUGCAUGGAUCGUUGAACUCGAAGAGAUAUGAAAUAGUAAAUGGUGUUGUUGACGUGAAAGGUGAUAAUAUGGGGACAGGAGAUGAGAAAGGUGUUCCCAACUUCUGGCUGACUGCAUUGAAGUCCUAUGCGAAAUACGAAGAGGAGAUCUACAUCUCAAAGCGGGAUGAAGAAGCUUUAAAAUUCCUCAAGGAUAUUAAGUGGUGCAGGGUCGAUCAUCCAAAGGGUUUUAAGUUUGAUUUCUUUUUUGAUACAAACCCUUUUUUCAAGAAUUCUGUAUUGACAAAGACCUGUCACAAAAGGGUAAAUAUGGCUAUGGCAGAAGACGUAACAUGGACGGAUAUUGAAUGGUUUCCAGGAAAAUGCUUGACAAAGAAGAUUGUAAAAUGCAAUCCAAAUAAGAGGUUAAUAAGUGCUAAACCAAUGAUCAGAACUGUCAAUUGUCAAAGUUUUUUCAGUUUCUUCAAACAGCCACCGGUCCAAGAACUCCCGUAUCAUAUGCAAGUAGAUUAUGAAGAUUAUGAAAUUGGGUCUGUAGAUCAUUUCUCUUUGCUUGGAUGUUGCCUUUUGAGUUGA